AUGGCCAAUGUUUUUAGGCAUUAUGAAAUGCCAUUGCGUUUUUUCAUCACCCUAACCGAGGAAAUAACUCGUCUCAGCGGUGACCACGAAUUUGAAUUCAGCGUGCACUACUUUCAUUCUUUAGUCCACACGGUUUGGGCCGAAGGUAGCAUUCGCGAUGCUCUACAGACUGCAUGCGCCGAGAUCUCUGCUCGCCUCGAACAGUAUCAAGAACGAGGACCUGGGCUUGUCGUCGUCGCCAUUCAGACCUGCACCAUCACCGUGGGACGUUUCAUUCCGCCCACGGUCGGUUGUGCGAGUUUUGUGUUACCCGGGGAACUUCCAAGCAGACAGUGCCUAGUGAAUGUGAACGAGCAACUGAACGAGUCGGAGAAAAACAUGUGCUUUGUGUUUUCUGUGCUCGCCGGUCUCCAUCCCGCACCCUCUAAUCGAUCGAGAGCUUCUUGCUACCGAGGACAUUUUGGCAAGUAUUGGUUCCCCACCGCGUAUCCAGUGACGUUUCCGCAAGACGUGCAGGCUUUUGAGAGAAAAAACUCCGUGUCCGUGAACGUGUACGGUUAUGAUCGAGAACAAAGGUUCGUCUACCCACUCAAAGUCAACGAUAGCGAGUUGGAGAAGCACGUGGAUUUGCUUCUGAUAGACGAUCACUUUGUUCUGAUCACCAACUUUGCCGGACUUUUCGCGAACAGGCGCACUCACCGUUUUCGCUGUAAAAGGUGUAUGAUGGGCUUUCGCUUUCGCACUGCGCUGGGAAGUCAUUUAUCGCUGUGUAAGGAAAAGAAGGCAGUCCGAACGGUGUGUCCUGCAAAGGGGGACGCGCUGUAUUUCCGGAGCCCACAGGCGAUGGAACCUUUUCCCUACUUUUGCGUCUACGAUUUCGAGGCCAUUCUGGAAGCGGAAAACCUGGGUCAGGCUUACGAGAAGCACGUCUCCAGUUCCUUUUGCAUACUCGUAAUCCGAUCCACGGACUCGCGCAUCGUCGAGCAGUUUUUGUACCGGGGCGAGGACUGCGUGGAAAAGUUCAUUUCCAUCCUUAAUCAAUUGUCCAAGCUCAUUGGCGAAUGGAUUCGAAGUGAGGAAGUGCCAAUGGUGAGCGUGGACGAAGAGGCUCACGCGUCGGCCUCUCACUGCGCGAUUUGUGGCGAAUCGUUUGGAAAUCGAAAGAGAAAAGUCAGAGAUCACGAUCACUUUAGCGGAUCGUACAGGCAGUCGUUGUGUCAGGGAUGCAAUUUAAAUCUGAGAGUAAACAAGAAAGUCAUUCCAGUGCUCGCGCACAACCAUUCGUAUGACCUGGCCUUUAUACUACCCCAACUCGACUUAUUCGAGUCUAAAGAUAUUAAAGUGCUCGCCACUAGCUGCCAGCAAUUUAAGCGACUCGACGUGGGUAACCUGCGGUUUCUCGACAGUCUGGCCUUUCUCCCCGCCAGCUUGAACGCGCUGGUUCAGGACCUCCGUUCCAAGGGACUAGAAAAUCUGUGCUGUCUAAAGCAGGCUUUUCCGCAGCACGUUGAGCUUCUGGCGCAGAAAGGCGUAUUUCCCUACGACUAUGUGACCAGUUUCGAGGCUUACCGGGAGCACGAGCUACCGCCCCGCGAAUCAUUUUACAACAAGCUUAACGACAGCCAAAUUUCGGAGGACGACUACCGUCACGCCCAAACCGUCUUUCAAACAUUCAAUUUCAAAAGCCUAGGAGAAUACAGUGACUGCUACCUGAAACUCGACUGCCUACUUCUCGCCGACGUGUUUCAAAAUUUUAGGAAAUGGACUUUAGACACGUACGAGCUCGAUCCGUUACACUACGUUUCCCUGCCCGCGCUCAGUCUCGCCUGCGCACUUAGACUGGGGUAA